AUGGACUAUUCGUAUGACGAGGACCUGGACGAGCUGUGUCCGGUGUGUGGUGACAAGGUGUCGGGCUAUCACUACGGGCUGCUCACGUGUGAGAGCUGUAAGGGCUUCUUCAAACGCACAGUCCAGAACAACAAGCAUUACACGUGCACCGAGAGUCAGAGCUGCAAAAUCGACAAGACGCAGCGUAAGCGCUGUCCCUUCUGCCGCUUCCAGAAGUGUCUGACGGUGGGCAUGCGCCUGGAAGCUGUGCGUGCUGAUCGAAUGAGGGGCGGUCGGAACAAGUUUGGGCCCAUGUACAAGAGGGACCGAGCCUUGAAGCAGCAGAAGAAAGCACAGAUUCGGGCCAAUGGCUUCAAGCUGGAGACUGGACCCCCGAUGGGGGUGCCCCCGCCACCCCCUCCCCCUCCGGACUACAUGCUACCCCCUGGCCUGCAUGCCCCUGAGCCCAAGGCCUUGGUCUCUGGCCCACCCACUGGGCCACUGGGUGAUUUUGGAGCCCCAGCUCUGCCCAUGGCUGUGCCUGGUACCCAUGGGCCUCUGGCUGGCUACCUCUAUCCUGCCUUCUCUAACCGCACCAUCAAAUCUGAGUAUCCAGAGCCCUAUGCCAGCCCCCCUCAGCAGCCAGGGCCACCCUACAGCUAUCUAGAGCCCUUCUCAGGAGGGCCCAACGUACCCGAGCUCAUACUGCAGCUGCUGCAGCUAGAGCCAGAGGAGGACCAGGUGCGUGCCCGCAUAGUGGGCUGCCUGCAGGAGCCAAGCAAAAGUCACUCUGACCAGCCAGCGCACUUCAGCCUCCUCUGCAGGAUGGCUGACCAGACCUUCAUCUCCAUUGUCGACUGGGCACGAAGGUGUAUGGUGUUCAAGGAGCUGGAGGUGGCUGACCAGAUGACACUGCUGCAGAACUGCUGGAGUGAGCUGCUGGUGUUGGACCACAUCUACCGCCAGGUCCAGUACGGCAAGGAGGACAGCAUCCUGCUGGUCACUGGGCAGGAGGUGGAGCUGAGCACAGUGGCGGUGCAGGCUGGCUCCCUGCUUCACAGCCUGGUGCUGCGGGCACAGGAACUAGUGCUACAGCUGCAUGCGCUGCAGUUGGACCGCCAGGAGUUCGUCUGUCUCAAGUUCCUCAUCCUCUUCAGCCUCGAUGUGAAAUUCCUGAACAACCACAGCUUGGUGAAGGAUGCCCAGGAGAAAGCCAACGCCGCCCUGCUGGAUUACACCUCGUGUCACUACCCGCACUGCGGGGACAAAUUCCAGCAGUUACUACUGUGCCUGGUGGAGGUGAGGGCACUGAGCAUGCAGGCCAAGGAGUACCUGUACCACAAGCAUUUGGGCAACGAGAUGCCCCGCAACAACCUUCUCAUUGAGAUGCUGCAGGCCAAGCAGACUUGA